AUGGGCAAGAAGCUCCAAAAGAAGAAGAAGAGUCAAUUCCCGUGGCGUGAUCUGAGCCAUGACAGAAGAGGAGACAGUUGCAAUUAUGAAAUCCUAAGCAGUCUAAGGUUCCAUAUUGAGGAAGAACGGAAAGAUGAUAGGAUUAGCGUUUUGCCUGAUGAGAUCCUUUUGAGCUUUCUUUUCUUGAUCCCUUUCAAAGAUGCAUUAAAAACUAUAGCUCUUUCGACUCGAUGGAGAGAUUUCUGGAACAGGGCUGCUUUGGUAAGACACGGUGAUAUAGAAGAUAUUGACUGUGCUGUAGGUGACUUACUCCUUCACUUUGAUGAGCUCAAUCCACUAGAUCAUGCUGGGAGACUUCAAUUUCAUUUCAGCCGAGGUCUGAUCCUCUUAGCUGUUAUUGGAUUGGAAAAGAAUCUUCGUCUUGAUUUCUCCAAGGGAAAACAAGAAUUUCCGAGACAGUUUGGUUGGCAUUUGGUGUUGAAUAGCAUAGACCCUACUCACCAGCCUCCUUCCUACGCCACCUUUGUCAAAAGUCUUAAUUUAACUUCUGUGAGUUAUCUUACCAAUGAAAUUGUUUCUUCUCUGGUUUCAAACUUUCAAUCUCUUGAAAGUUUAACAAUUGCAAGGUGUGAGGGGUUACGAUCUUUACGUGUUGAUGUUCUGUCAAAGCUCCUGAAUUUGACUAUUCUGGACUGUCCUCACCUCAAAUCUCUUUAUAUUGAAGCCUAUGAACUUCAAUCUCUUCGUUAUCGAGGGCCAGUUUGCUGGUUUUCACUCCGGGGUGUGGUUCACUUAGCAGAUGCCAUGCUUGAUUGCAGAUCUGACCCAGGCUAUGAUCAUCUUUUGCACAAGGAUUUUGAUCCACUGGUAGAAGCCAUAGGGGAUGUUAAAACCCUUACACUAUGUGGAUGGAUGUUCAGGGCAGUUAUCCACCUACCAUCACUAGGAUUCAAUAAACUCGAAGAUUUAUGGUGGAUAGAUAGUUCGAUGGAAGAAUACAAUAUUGAUGCCUUGUUCGCCUUUCUAACAAUUGACCGUACAAGCUACUGUUCACCGAGCUCUUUGUCAAAGUGCUACAAUAAAGUUGGUAAGCUAGCAAAACUGCGGCAUCUUAAAGUGGUUAAAUUGGAAGGAUUCACAGAGGAUGAGAAUGUAAUUCUUUUGAAGGAGCUUUUGCUCGAGGUAUUCAGUGUGGAGCCACGAAUCGUAGUAGCAACAGAUGGGAGCUACCCUCGGACUAUAGUAAAGAUUCCAAAGCAUCAAAGGAAGAAUAAUUUAAAAAUGGUGGAACCAAAGUCACAAAGGAGGAAGUCCCUUUACAAAUUUGUGGAAGAACUUGAAGACAACAUUGGUUUGUAUUCAAAACAUGCUCAUUUUGAUUUGUAG